AUGGAUUCCACAGAGUUAGAAAUCCCUUCUUAUUUCUUGUGCCCCAUUUCCAUGCAACUGAUGGCAGACCCUGUCACGAUGUCUACCGGUUCGACCUACGACCGACACAGCAUUGAGAAGUGGAUAUCUACGAUGGGAAACAGCACCUGCCCUCUCACAAAGCAACCCCUUCACAACACUGACCUCACACCCAACCACACACUCCACCGCAUCAUCCAACAAUGGUGCGUCCUCAACUCCUCCACUGGCGUCCAUCGAAUCUCAACGCCACGGCCGCCCCUCGACGCAGAUCGCCUCAAUAAAUUACUCCAAGACAUGGACUCAUUUAAAGUGAAAUCGUUGAAGAAGCUCAGAUCUGCGGCCGCUGAGAGUGAGGGCAACAGGCAGUUCAUCGCUUCCUUCGCCGCACCGCCUGCCCUAAUCUCUAUCAUUGAAAGUUAUUCCACAGAAAGCGAUGAAGCCGGUUGCUCUUACGAUGUUGCAGUCGCCUGCGAGGAAGCCUUGGGAAUUCUUUAUUCUCUUCCUUUGCCGGACGAGACGCUAGAUUCGAUAGCCACAAGUAAGUGUCUGGCCUCCCUGGCCGCCAUUCUUAAGAGAGGCACCUCCAGCGCACGGUUUUAUUCCUCCAUGCUGUUACAGACGCUUUCAAGGAAAGGCCUGGAGCGCCUUGUUAUGAACGCCAAUGAUGACCAGCGCAUGAGAAUGAAAACCAUCGAGGCAGGGGCAGUGUCCGUGUUGAUCGAAUCACUUCCCGAUCAGACUUUGGAGAAACAAGGCAGGUGCGAGAGGAUGUUAUGUCUUCCCGACGUGUUGUGCGGAUGUGCAGAAGGGAGGGAUGUCGUGGCCGACCACGCAAUGGGCAUCCAUGUUGUCUCUAAGAAAAUAUUGAGAGUUUCCGACUUGGCAACGGAAAAAGCCGUUUGGAUCCUAUGGUUGCUUUGUAAAUUCUCUCCUUCGAAGCGAGUGAUUGAUGAAAUGUUGCAGAUUGGUGCAGUAACCAAACUGUGCUUGCUCCUGAACUGA